AUGAUUGCUCAAAGAAAAACGUGGAGAAAUCAACUUGUUUCUCGAAGCAGCACUUCCCGCAGGACGGGUCCAUGGGAGCCUGAGGAGGAUGAGCGAUUAUUGGCGAUUGUAGCAGAAUUGGGU